GCCGUAUCCAACAUGGCAACCAACAUUGAUCUGAAAUCCUCUUAUGUGCAAAUUGUCAAUGGCCAAAGCGCUCCCACAGCCACAACCCGGCACGGCUUGAACCCUGCUAAUGGUCAGGCACUACCGGAGGUUCCAGUGGCCACCGAAAGCCAAUCUCGAUCGGGCAGUGCAGUGUGCUAAGGCCGCAUUCAGAGGCUGGUCGGCGACUCCUUACGAACAGCGACGGAGAGCCGUGCUGGCCUUUGCCGAUGCAAUCGAAGAGAACUACACUGGGUUUCGAGAACUGCUGACUUUGGAGCAAGGAAAGCCGAUCCCACAAGCGACCGCCGAGAUGGACAACACCAUCUCUUGGAUGCGGGGGAUGGCCGACCUGCAGCUUCCCGAGGAGGUCGCCCACGACGAUGAUUCUCACACGGUGAUUACUCGAUAUGUUCCUCUGGGCGUGGUCGGCGCCAUCGUGCCCUGGAAUUUCCCAAUGAUGCUUGCCACGGGCAAGAUCGCCCCCGCGCUCCUGACGGGAAACGUGAUCAUAGUGAAACCCUUGCCUUUCACCCCGUAUGGGGGUCUCAAGGUUGUGGAGUUGGCCCAGUCUUUCAUCCCUCCGGGAGUGGUGCAGUCUCUUAGCGGCGACGACAGUCUGGGUCCAUGGAUGACCAGCCACCCAGACCUUGACAAGAUCAGCUUCACCGGUUCUACCGCAACCGGCAAGCGGGUGCUGCGGAGUGCGAGUGACACCCUGAAAAGAGUCACCCUCGAGCUGUAAGGGGUCCCUCCUCAAUCAUCCGUAUAUGCCCUUUCGGGUUUGGGAUACUCCCCUCAGCUCCUUCAUAAUUCGCGUUCUUCUCUUUCUCGGCCUGGCCGGCAGAACGGGCUCGGGGCGGUAAUAGUGACCAAAGACGGAAAGAAAGACAGACAUGACACGCCAAGUACUCCAUUGCUACGCGUAGGGGUUUGUUUCUUAGUUCUGG